AUGCGAGAUGCGAAGACGCAGGUCUUGGUGGUGGGCCACUUCUUGGAUCCCAGCAACGCUCCCGUGAGCCUGGUGCAAGUGCGUUUACAUACUGGAAGGCGGCACCAGAUUCGCGCUCACCUUCGCUAUGAGGGACAUCCACUGGUUGGUGAUACCACCUAUGGAACUGGUGCGGAGCCGUGGUGCGGCAGCCUCUUUCUCCACUCUUACCAUCUGGGUCUUAGCCUUGGCUUUCCACCAUUCCCAGCCUGUCUCCUGGGUGCACCCGAAAUCUGGCAGCGUCGCCGGCGGCAGCUUUGUCGUCCUGCUGGGCAGCGGCUUCCGAUACCCGGCCGGCCCGGAGCCCAUCGGUACCUCGUCCGUGCAUUUUGGAAACUCUCAAUGCACGAUCAUCGAGGCCUCGGCAGAGAGGCUGUUGUGCGAGACGGGGCCGGCGGAAAGCGCUGCGCCCUACCUGGCAUGUCUCAGGAGAAGACCCCUUUCAUCUCGUGGAUCUCCACCCGCGCGCUGCGCGCCGGCGACCAAGUCGCCUUUGGCGCCGCCCAGACGGGCGCCCUGGGACCGGGCGUGACCGCCGUGGAUCGCGCUGUGGUGGAGAUUGGUGGAUAUAUUUGUGAUGCAAGUGCACGUCAAGUAGAGAAUUCAGAUGAGCUUGUACAGAGUAGAACCUUGAACUGUGCUUUGGACUUGGCUGGUCCAAGCCUGGCAACUCUGCAGAUCCGUUCACUAGCGGUUGGAUACGACGAUCCCCGAUGUGCCCACUACCCAUGUAUCGAUUACAGCACGUCGGAGGGCUAUGGGAACGCCGUCUUUCGGACCUGGCAAGGAACUGCCCAGAAAGCAUCGGCCUUCCUGCAACCGAACUUUCAAGCGUAUGAUCUUGCAAUUUAUCCUGACAUCCUGGGUAUCCGUCCAGGCCGUUCUGGCAUCCUCAAUGGUGCUCCUGUACACAUCAGAGGAUCUACCUUUGACACUGAUUUGACAAAGAAUAUCGUCACUGUUGGAGAGGACCCAUGUGAAGUGAAGAGCGCCAACGCCACAAACAUUAUUUGUGAGCUUGAAGAGGUCCAGAGCAAUGUGAGCUGCGUCGAAUUUGAGAUCUUCAUCGGUGCCAACCCAGCAUCAGGUGUGAAGCUGGUGCAGCACGAUGGAAACUCCUUGGAGGUCGCUGCAUGUCAUGCCGAAGGCACCGGGCGGAGCUUUACCGUCAACUUGAAUGCUUCCGCGAAGACCGGUUACUACUGGGUUGAAGAUUCCUGCCAAGCUGAGGGUCGUCAGAUCAAAGGGCACAUGGCGGAGGAGAGUGAGGAUCGCCUCACUUUUUGCUGUGCUAUGGAUGGCUCCAGUUGUGAAGGGCCUCGCUACGGCCAGGUCACAACCACUCAGCCUUCGUAUUGGACUGGUUGGGGUCCAUGGGUGCAGCUGGAGACCACAACGCCCGAUCCAUUGUUUGGAACAUGUUUACAGCCUCAAAGCCACAAGGAUGCGGAGAUGACCUGUCAGCUGACUGGCAUGAGGCUCUGCACACGGAAAGAACUCAAUUCAGGGCUUUGCUGUGCAGCCGACUGCAUUGGUGAAGGAAGUGCCGAAGUCGGGACCUGGUCAUCCGAGACGGGCUACCUUCAAGAGCUGGCCAUCCUCUCUGAUGACGGACAACCAUGGACGGAGGAGCUUUGGAUCCGAUGCGAUGAAAAUUGCCAAUUUCCCUUCAAUGUCACAUAUCCUGAUAGCAACGGGACCACCCUGACCACCACCAAGUAUACACCGGAGCAGAUUGCCUUGUGGGAGUUUGCACCCUGGUUAAGACCUGCAGACUACGAGCCGCCCAAGGAAGCGGAGGAGAUUUUGCCGCUGGGACCCCCGGUGCCCGAGCCGCUCUUACCACCUUCGCCGCCGCUGAAGGCCCCCUUCCCCGGUGGACGAGGACUCGUCUAUCAGGUCUUCUACAAUCCCUACAACCUGCCACUUCAUCGUGCUUUAGGUUAUGAGAAUCCGGGCUAUCCGCAGAGCCCCAUGGAGACCGGUGUGUUGGCUGACAUGCUGAGAGGUGCUUUGCACCAUGUGAAGUUCGAGUCGGUGCCCUCAACCUCCCUGGCUGCCAAGCGCCUCUAUGUGACUGCGACACCGCUCUCGGAUGAUACAGGGUAUGACCUUUACGCCGAGGAGAUCACUGGUUAUUUCAUAGCGCCGUACACCGGGGUAUACACCUUCUAUCUUGCAGCUGAUGAUGAGGCUGAUUUGUCCCUGUCCAACAGCGACAUGGCCGCCAUGAAGGUGAUCGUGCGUGCCUCCUCGACGGACCAAGCCAUGCCGCGCUUCACUCCGUUGGCUUGGUUUGGAAAGCAUUGCGCGCAGGGCCAAGGGCUCCCAGAGGAUGCAAAUGCACCGUGUUCUGUCUCGGCUCCACUUCAGUUCAAAGCAGGCGACCGGACGUUGCUGCGGAUCCGGCACCGUGAACAUUUGGGCGCCGACUGGCUCCGCGUGGGGCUGCGCAUUCGCUCGGCCACGACGGCGGAGGGGUUGCCACCUCCUCCUGAUUUGGCGAGGAGCAAAUCCUUCGUCGAAGUACAGCGCUUGACCAUGACUGCUUCCGUCGUGAGAGAGAGGCACCGCAUUGACCUCGACCGAGUGCUCAGAGGAAGCUUCUUUGUCCGAGUGCGUCGCUUCGAGAACAAUUUCCUCCGAGAGGGCACGUCAGGCGUUGUAUACUAUGGUGACAAUCCGGAGAAACUGGCCACUGUGCUUUGGGAGACACAGGACCUUUACGGGCGGGUUUUGCAGUGCCAACCCACGGUGACACAGAGCGAGGGCUUUGAGAGGUUCAGCUACUUUGUGACCUUCCCAUGUCCCAAGCCGGCAGAUGGCAAUGCCCACGCAGCUGCAAUGACGAUCAUUCCCGGCCUUGACGUCAUCGGCACUUCAGUGGUGACCUGGGUCAUGAACUCGAGACUCCUACAAAGCUCGUCGCCAGUGGUAACUGGCAGCUUCAGGCUUUCCUUCGCCGGCUAUUGGACCCAGGACAUCCCGUACCAUGGUUGGGACCUGAUCGAGCCGGAACUCUUGAAGCUCCCUAUUUCAGAGGUGCGCUUGUGGCCUUUUCAAGAAGUGCUUCAAGAGGGUCGCGAAGGAUGGAGUGUUGGACUUCUGCUUGGAGGUGGUGAAGAUAUGCCACAGAUCCAAGUGGACAUCCGUCAGCUCGAAGGACCAGGUGUCCGGUUGAUCUCCGAGACCAUGGCCAACGGCUCGGCGGAUCUCUUCAUGGAGGAGCUGCCUGCAGACUGGUUCCGAACGGUGCACUCCCAACCGCAGGUGGUGGUAGAGAGCAACGGCGUAGUGGCCAUGUCUCUGGAUGCCUCGGUACGUCGCUCCGAGGACUUCACACCGCGUCUCAUGGAGUUGCAGCCACUUGCAGUGCAGGUCGGGACAGAGUUGCAACUGCGAUUUGAUCGAGUAGAUGGAAAUCAUCUCCGAGCCUUACUGCCACACCAGAGACCCUUUGACGUUUGGGUCGGACCGUCUCCAUGCAAUCUCACGCUGCUCAGCUGUGAAAAUGGAGUUGAGCGAAACUGUGGUGCGUUCCCAGAGGUUUGGAAUGUCCGCUGCACGAUCUCUGAUGGCCGGGCUGGACCGCAGGAUCUCAAGGUGGUGAUUGAUGGUCAAGGUUGCCCACAGUUCACGAACGUCACCAUCGCGAUGCCUUUGCCUCACAUCGAAUUUGUGCCUAUGAUCUAUUCAGUACAACCAUCAAUUGGCAGUUGGGCCGGUGGCACUGUGGUGGUGCUCACUGGCUAUGGCUUGCAAGGAGACGAGGCGUGCGAGUUGGUGCACUUUGGGGAGCGGAGACUGCUAGAGGUGCCAUCGGACUACUACGAGGAGAACAAGGGAAGGGCGACGGAUCCGCUGCAUGGUACCGGCAGCACCCAUGAGACCGAAGGCCUGCGAAAUCCGCCCAGAAAUUGGGAACUGCGACCUUGUGGACGAUUUGGCUGUUCCAGUGACAGUAGCCGGUCAUGCCACAGACUUCCUCUUCAAUUACAGCAGCUCCAUGACUCCUGUGGUCACCAGCAUCUCACCAUCACGUUCGGCAGCGAUCAGUGGCAUGGUGCACGUGAAGGGCUUCGGAUUUCCAAGUGUGUCGCGAUCCCAUGCCUUUGCUCCAUGUCCAACUGUGAAACACUUGGUGUUGCAUAUCGGUGA